UGAGGCCGAGCCUACCCACACUUCUCAGGGAUCUUUUCCUGACGUUGAGCUCUUGGCUUCCCAAUCACGAACACAACCUUGGAAUGCCAGGCCUGUUUCGAGUGAGGGUGCUAUUCAUUGCGGCACUCCAAGUGAGAUGGAAGAAUUGAAGAUGCAAAGGGAUUAAGCUAGAUGAGGGCACCGUCGUCAACCGCCGGUCAGGAGAAAAUCGACAUUGUUGAUUGAUGUUUUCGUAGAUCUUGAAGAUCUCAUGUUUUUCCCCUUGCUGAUUGCAUCCAUUCAAAUCGAUUGGUUUCUAGAAUUCCAGCCUAAGAAGAUUGUGUUCUAAGAAAUCGAAAUCUGAUUACCGAAUGACGAUUGAAAUCAGAAACCCUAGCAACGAGAAUAGAUCGAGAAAUAGGAAGCAAGUAAUUGUUGAUGAUAAAGUACCAUUGUUGCCCACUAAGAAAGAGGAAGAUGGUGGUCUUGAAGAAUUUGAUGGAGCUUCAUUUACUGGUGCAGUAUUUAAUUUAUCAACUACAAUUGUGGGUGCUGGGAUAAUGGCCUUACCUGCAACCAUGAAAGUUUUGGGUCUUAUACCUGGAAUUGCUUUGAUUAUUAUUAUGGCAUUUCUAACAGAAUCGUCAAUUGAUCUUCUGAUUCGAUUCAGUAGGGCUAGGAAAUCAGUUUCUUAUGGAGGUCUCAUGGAGGAUGAAUUUGGUAAAGUUGGUAGAAUCUUGCUGCAAGUUUGUGUGCUAGUUAACAACAUUGGCGUUCUUGUUGUCUACAUGAUUAUCAUAGGGGACGUGCUUUCUGGAAUAAAUUCAAACGGAAUUCACCAUGCUGGUGUCUUGCAAGAAUGGUUUGGCGAACACUGGUGGAAUGGUCGUUUUUUCAUUCUUCUUGUAACCACCCUUUUUGUAUUUGCUCCUUUGGCAGGUCUUAAGCGCAUAGAUUCACUGAGAUAUACGUCUGCGCUAUCGAUGGCACUAGCCGUUGUCUUUCUUGUUAUCAUUGCAGGAAUCACGAUCUUCAAGUUGAUGAUCGGAAGCAUUAUGAUGCCUAGGCUUUUUCCUCAAGUUGUCGAUUUUGCAUCUGUCUUUAAUCUCUUCACCGUUGUUCCCAUUCUUGUCACGGCUUACAUUUGCCACUACAACGUUCACUCGAUAGACAAUGAGCUUGAAGAUCAUACGCAGAUAAAAGCAGUCGUACGCGCUUCACUUAUUCUUUGUUCAACCGUAUAUAUAAUGACUAGCCUCUUCGGGUUCCUCUUAUUUGGCGAUGGAACCCUUGAUGAUGUGCUAACCAAUUUUGACACCGAUCUUGGAGUCCCAUAUAGCUUGUUGCUUAAUGAUAUUGUUCGUGUUAGUUAUGCUGCCCACCUUAUACUGGUUUUUCCGAUUGUUUUCUUUCCGUUAAGACUGAAUAUGGAUGGGCUACUUUUUCCGAAUAAGAGGCCUCUAAUUUUGGAUAACAUGAGGUUUGCAUCGGUCACUAUUGGACUCAUGGUUCUCGUGUUUUUGGGUGCGAAUUUUAUACCGAGCAUUUGGGUCGCUUUUGAGUUCACCGGAGCGACUGCGGCUGUUUGUAUCGGCUUCAUCUUUCCUUCUGCCAUCACUCUUCGGGAUUGUUACGGCAUUGCAAGUAAGAAGGACAAGAUCUUGUGCGUUUUCAUGAUUGCUCUUGCUGCUUUUUCAAACCUUAUGGCCGUCUACAGUAAUGCGUCGGCUUUGCUCAGUAAUAACGGCUCACCACCCGAAUGAUAACGAUCGACUAAAACCUUAUCACAUAUUACUUUUUGAAGAUUUCAGGUGUAAAUUUGUAUACA